AAAUCUAGCUAGAUAAAGAAUCCGAACUUGUCAGGUGGCGUGAAGUGAAGUGAGUCGACAUGAGCAGCACAUAGAACAACAAUCAGAGGUAGAUGCAACUAGCGGAAAGUAUUAUGCAGCUUUGCCUCCAACAGCUAUUCCCUGGACUGUGGCCUAGAGGAAUGGCACGCGAAAGGCACGCCAAAAUCUUGGCUGUUGGCAAAGCGAACCGAAGAUAGUGCGAAACCACGAAGAUGUUCGGGAAACUGGAGCUAGCCAGCAAUCGAAUGGUUUCAGCGCGAGCACUUGUUUUGUAGGAUAGUCUCAUUUUUUACACAAAGAUAGCAAGAUACUGAGAACCCCGUCAACAUGAUGCCCUUAGAUUUCCUCGAGUGCAUGUUCUGGUAUGUGGUCUUCCGCGGUUACCAAAUGGCGGUGGCGUUUGUCACGUGGCUUCUUCCAACAAGUUGCGCCAAACGAAUCGGCCGGUCUGAAUUUGCAAAAUACAAAAUCAAAAUCACCACUGACUAUGAUGGCGACGGAACCUCUCUCAACAAUAAGACAACCAGUCUUAUCAGGGAUGAAGAGAAACUAAUCAAAUGUGAGGUGGUGGUCCAUAAUGCCAAACUAUUUCAAAGGUUCCAAGUUGAUGACAUCUUAGGUGUUGGAGAAUCCUAUAUGGAGGGUUGGUGGGACUCUGAUGAUCUCCUAGAGGUCAUCCGCAUUGGUCUGAGUAUGCCUGCGAGCUUGACUGAGGUGUUGGGUGACCGCUACCUCAACGCGGUUAAUAAGCAAACAACGUUGCAAUCUUUGGCGGUCGCAAGGGUCCAUUAUUGUCUUAGUCCGGAACUAUGGGAAGCUAUGCUGGGACCGACGAUGAACUACACGUGCGGCUAUUGGAAGAAGGACACCCACACUCUCGAAGAGGCCCAGAUCAAUAAGAUGGAUCUCGUCGCCAAGAAACUCAAGCUCAAACCUGGUAUGAAAGUGCUUGAUCUCGGAUGCGGAUGGGGCUCUGCAGCACAUUACAUGGCUACACACCACAACGUCAGCGUGGUUGCCUACAACAACUGUCCAGAACAGGUGGGGUAUUGCCGCAGGAAAUGCAAAGGAUUGGACGUUACCAUUCAUUGUGAUGACUACCGCAAUGCCACCGGCACCUUUGAUGCUGUGUACUCAAUUGGCUUGUUUGAGCAUAUUGGCCAUACCAAUGGUAAAGGUUACUUCCAAGUGGUACAUCGAUGUCUCACACAAGAGGGUGUGGCGUUGGUUCAGACCACCGUCAGUGCAGACAACGAGAUCAGGACAUGUAGGUGGUCUGACAAGUACAUUUUUCCAGGUGGCGAGUUUCCGUACUCCCACGAGAUGCUCAGUGCCAGCAAAGACUUUGGAUUUGUCCUGGAAGAUGUUCAUAGCUUUGGCAGAUCCUACGUUAAGACGCUGGCCGAAUGGCAUCGCAAUUUUAACGCCCAUUGGGAUGAGCUUGAGCCCAAAUUUGCUUCCCUGGUGGAGGGAAAGUUUUAUCGGAUGUGGAACUUCUACCUCUUGGCAGGCCUUGCCCAUUAUGAUACUCGCUUGGCACAACUUGUGCAGUUUACAUAUACUAGGCUUGGAAGGAAGGAAGAAUAUGUUUCAGUUCGUUGAUCGGAAGCGCCACGCGCAAUGUCAUUUGUUCCUUCAUCUGGAUACCUACAAGAAAUCGAGAGUGGUCUGUGUUUGUGUUGUAAUCCAUGGUAAAAUAAUUUUAAUGUUUUACAUCUGUG